UAACUCCUUACUUCCAUUUUAGUGGAAGUACAUUGGUUUAUAAAGUUUUGCCAUUAUAAUUGGUGGCAUGCCCACAUGAUAAUAUAUUUACAAAAACAGUAGCCAAAAGAGAAAUUGGCAAUUGAAUUUAAAAAAACAAUUUCGUUUUAUGGAGAAAUUAGCUGAACUGAUUCUCAUCCCUUCUCCGGCAAUGGGCCAUGUUGCUCAGAUGUUGGAGUUAGCCAAGCUUUUCAUCACUCGAAAUCAUCAGGUCUCAAUCACUGUACUCAUUAUGAAACUCCCUGAUUACAUCGACGCUGUAAGUGGCCCUUUUGUUGAUUCUGUAAUAGAUUCAUCAUCCUCUGAACGUCUUCGAUUCUUUGAAUUACCACCUGUUGAUCCAACCCCAGAAUGGAGCUCUAAAACUCGAGGACACUUUGUUAACAGAUUAGUACAAACUCAAAAAUCUCAAAUCAGGGAAUUCUUGAUAAGUCAACGCGGUGGUGUUAAACUUGUUGGAUUUGUUGUAGACAUGUUAUGCACUCCAUUGAUGGAUGUAGCUGACGAGUUUGGGAUCCCGAGCUAUGUGUUUUUCACUUCCCCAGCUGCUUUUCUUGGAUUGAUGCUUCAUUUUCAGUUUCUUGAAGAUGAAUGUAAUGAGGAUGUUAAAAACUGUGAUGGUAGUACUACUCUGUUAUCGUUUCCCAGUUACGCGUACCCUGUUCCUCCCAACAUAUUGCCAAUGGUUCUAGUCGAUAGAGACACAUGGUUAGGGAGAUUUAUUGAUUUCGCUCGUGGAUACAGAAAAGCCAAAGGAAUUAUCAUUAACACUUUUGCUGAACUAGAAAUCUACGCCUUGGAUGCUUACAAUAACAAUAACAUAUCAAGAUCUGAACAAGGUCCCCUACCAUCCAUCUAUCCAAUUGGUCCAAUUUUAAACCAAUCGAAAUCACAGUCGGAGUCAGAGGAGGCAGAAAUAACAAAUUGGCUGGACGAACAGCCACCGAAUUCGGUGGUGCUACUCUGUUUUGGGAGCCAGGGGAGCUUACCAACGGAUCAAGUGAAACAGAUCGCUAUAGCUCUAGAUAACAUUGGCUGCCGGUUCUUAUGGUCUUUACGUAGUCCACCACAGAGCAACAAUGCUCAAUUCCCCGGAGAAUACACGAGCUAUUCGGAAAUCUUGCCUGAAGGAUUCCUAAACAGAACAGAGAAAAAAGGGAAAGUGGUAGGAUGGGUUCCACAAUUGAAAGUGCUGUCUCAUGAAGCAAUCGGGGGAUUUGUAUCACACUGUGGAUGGAAUUCGGUACUAGAAAGCUUAUGGUAUGGGGUGCCUAUAGCGACAUGGCCAUUGCACUCAGAACAGCAGGUAAACGCGUUUCAAUUAGUGAAAGAAAUAGGAGUAGCAGUGGAGAUUACUUUGGAUUACUGCGAGAGGAAUAAAGAUCAGCCUAUAGUAACAGCAAAAGCCAUCGAAAAUGGGAUAAGUAAAUUGAUGGAAACUAACUCCGCGGUAAAACAUGAAGCAAAGAUAAUGAAAGAGAAGAGCAGGGCCAGCGUAACGGAAGGUGGUUCAUCAUACUUGGCCUUUAGCAAACUUAUCAAUGAACUACUCAAGAAUGCAGCUGUAUAACUAUUGGGGUAUUCAUAAACCUAUCCAAUACACUCUUCUUUGUUAAUCAAAUCUUCUUAUGCUUGGUUCGAGUUCUGGAUCUGGAGAAAAUUUUAUUGGGAGCGCCACCCCCGAAUGAGUCCUGUAGUACGCAAUUCAGAUUUAGUUGGGGCUCCAAUAUGGACUUCGCACACCAAAUGGGAACCAAAAAAAAAAAUCUUGUUAUGCUUUGUUUUUCUAAUAAAAGUUGUGGGUGGUGGGGGAAUAUUUGAAAGAUGAAGACUCUCAUAUUAAAUUCGAAGUGCCAGACGUUUGUUAGAGUGCAUUAUUAUAAAAAUAAUGCAUACAUUUAUUUUGUGUAAUAUUAAUAUCUUGUUUCAUGUAUUUAAAUUCCAACGUCU